UCAUUAAACCCAUGGGAAAAUCCAAAAGAAGUCUUGUCGCACCUAAAAGAGAAACUCCAAACAUCGUUCAAAUUCAAUAUGCAUUAACGACUAUUUUGAUCACUAGGAGAAAACAACUACUACACCAUGAGAGCAAAUCUUAGAGCAUCACUGAAGCUUGUAACUUCUUCUUCACCUAAUAAUCAUUCACUAUGUACUGUUCGAUCUUUUUCUACAGCAAAAACAACAACCCAUUUGAAAGAGAAGACCUUUUUCGAAUCCUCAAACAAAGACCAACUGAUUAAGCGGUUAUGUAAAGAAAACAAAUUCAACGAAGCCCUUCAAAUUCUUUGCGAGCAAAGGCGUUUAAAAGAAGCCAUUCAAUUGCUCGAACGUCACGAAACCCGUCCUUCAGCUACAGCUUUUUCGACCCUUUUGCGAAUGUGUACAGAAAAUGGGGCUCUUGACGAAGGAAAGAGAGUUCAUAGGAGUAUGAAAUGUUCAGGUUUUAGACCUGGGGUUGUAUUAUCUAAUCGGAUUCUUAAUUUUUAUUGCAAAUGUGAUAAACCUUAUGAUGCACACGACCUGUUUGUUGAAAUGUCUGAGAGAGAUUUGUGUUCUUGGAAUAUUAUGGUCUCUGGGUUUGCUAAUUUGGGUUUGAUUGAUGAAGCUAGGAAGUUGUUCGAUGAAAUGCCCGAGAAGGAUAACUUUUCUUGGACCGCGAUGAUCUCGGGUUAUGUGAGGCAUAAUAAGCCUGAAUGUGCAUUGGAAUUGUAUAGAGUGAUGCAGAGGGAUGAGGAUUUUAAGUGUAAUAAAUUUACGAUCUCGAGUGCUCUUGCUGCUUCUGCUUCUAUUCAGUCUUUACGUUUGGGAAAGGAGAUUCAUGGUCAUAUUGUGAGAACUGGGUUGGAUUCUGAUGCAGUUGUUUGGAGUGCGUUGAGUGAUAUGUAUGGAAAAUGUGGUAGCGUGGACGAAGCUAGGCAUAUUUUUGAUAGGACUAAAGAUAAGGAUGUUGUUUCGUGGACAGCUAUGAUUGAUAGGUACUUUGGAGAUGGGAGGUGGGAGGAAGGUUAUUUGCUGUUUUCACAUUUGAUGGAGUCGGGGAUUAGGCCUAAUGAUUUUACUUUUGCUGGAGUUUUGAAUGCGUGUGCGCACCAAACGACAGAGCAUUUGGGAAAACAAGUACAUGGGUACAUGAUGCGUAUUGGCUUUGAUCCUUGUUCGUUUGCAGCAAGUACCUUAGUUCAUAUGUACGCCAAAUGUGGGAGUGUAGAUAGUGCGUAUAAGGUAUUUAAGCGGCUCCUAAGGCCCGAUGUAGUUUCUUGGACCUCAUUGAUUAAUGGUUAUGCUCAAAAUGGCCAACCUAAUGAAGCUCUUCGGUUGUUUGACUUGUUGCUUAAAUCUGGUACUCAGCCUGAUCAUAUUACUUUUGUUGGCGUUCUUUCUGCUUGCACUCAUGCAGGUUUAGUUGAUGAAGGGCUUGAAUAUUUUUACUCAAUAAAGAACAAGCAUCGUCUAACCCAUACUUCAGACCACUAUGCUUGUGUGGUUGAUCUCCUGAGCCGAUUUGGCAGAUUUAAGGAGGCUGAAGAGAUUAUUAGUCAGAUGCCAAUGAAGCCUGAUAAGUUUUUGUGGGCUUCCUUGCUUGGAGGAUGCAGAGUCCAUGGAAAUGUUGAACUAGCAAAGAAAGCUGCUGAAGCAUUAUUUGAAAUUGAGCCCGAGAACGCAGCUACUUAUGUUACCAUUGCAAACAUAUAUGCCACUGCUGGAAAAUGGACUGAAGUGGCAAAAAUCAGACAAGUCAUGGAAGAGAAAGGUGUGGUGAAGAAGCCAGGUAUAAGUUGGAUUAAUUUGCAGAGAAAAGUCUACGUUUUCUUGGUCGGUGAUAAAUCACAUCCUAGGUCAAAGGAAAUAUAUGACUUUUUAGGGGAGCUGUGGAGGAGAAUGAAAGAAGAGGGAUAUGUCCCUGACAUAGACAAUGUGCUGCAUGAUGUGGAAGAGGAACAGAAAGAGCAAAAUCUCUCCUAUCACAGUGAAAAACUUGCAGUCGCCUUUGGAAUUAUUGCUACUCCACCUGGGACACAGAUAAAGGUUUUUAAGAAUCUACGGACUUGCGUUGACUGUCACACUGCGAUCAAAUAUAUCUCUCAAAUUGAAAAGAGAAGAAUUAUUGUGCGGGAUUCCAGUCGGUUUCACUGUUUUGAGGGUGGGAGUUGUUCGUGCAAGGACUAUUGGUGAUUUUCUCCUGUUUUUUUUAAAGGAAGCUACAGAAAGCAAAACUAUCAUGUCUUGCUAUUGAACUGGAAUGGUUUUGCAACAAAUUGUGUUAUUCUAAGGAGAUGCAAUUGGUACAAGGAUAUGGUUGGACUCUUGUAUCCCUUGGCAUUUGCUUCUGGAAAAAAGUAUUCUCUUCAAGUAACUUUCACGAGACAGCUUUUGGGUGCUUUUUCAGUGGAAGGAGUUUUGCUCAGAUAGCUUUCGUCCAGGCCUUGGUGGUUUUUGCUAUUGGAAGAACUGAUCCCUGAAAUCCGGGCAAUUGUUUGUGCACUCCAUAUAAUUCUACGAUGUAGUCCCCAGAGCUUUGGUCUUGGUGGUAAGACCACAACACGUGAUGUGUCAAUUAGGUUGUCACGAGCUAAAACCCCGUGACAAGGACUUGGUAUUUUAGUGGAGAAGGGUAGAUGGAUCCAUUAUAAGAGUUGCCAUGACUUCUUCGGCUAUGUUAUGAAUGUUUUGACUUAAAUGGAGAUUUCCUAACAUUAUGAGAAUUUCAUGUGAACUCUAAGACUUGUUGGAACACUGGUAUCAUGUUUUCUGUAUAUGAAUGGCAUGUUGAACUUGAAUGCCAAGUUCAAAAGUUGUGUUUA